UAAAGUGCCUUUGUAUCAGACCAUGAGUGCGCCAGCCAUCAAAGAUGCUAAAUACGUUUUGGGAGAGAAAAUGGAUGAGGGCAUCCCAGACUUUCCCAGUGGUCCACUAGAUAUCUACAGGAAGAAAGCAUCCUUCAGCUGGAAGGAAAUGUUGCAGUUUCUGGAGGGCGAUGAAAUCAUUGCAUUCAAGCAGCAUGUGUUCAGAACACUGGAGAGGGACCCGCUCUUUGCACGGCAGCCUGGUGAGGACAUCCCAGUGGAGCAGAAGCGAGAGCUCACCUUCCGCCGCUGUAAACAGUUAUUUAAGUAUGACUUUGUAACACGUGAUGACGUCAUGCAGAACCCCUGGAAGAUGACAAUUCUCAAUGACUGCCUGGGAAUGUAUGACUGGUCUUUGGGAGCCAAAUACUUCCUUAACAAAGGGAUGUUUGCAGCCACAGUGGCAAACACAGGAUCUCAGAGACACUUGAUGUUUGUGCAGGACAUUGAGCAAAUGAUGACAUUUGGAUGCUUUGCACUGACAGAGCUGAGCCAUGGCAGCAACACGAGAGCUAUGAGGACAACAGCCAGAUAUGACCCCAGCACUCAGGAGUUUGUGAUGAACUCUCCAGACUUUGAAGCAGCCAAGUUCUGGGUGGGGAACUUGGGAAAGACGGCCACUCAUUCAGUCGUAUUUGCACAGCUCUACACCCCUGAUGGGCAAUGCCACGGCCUUCACUCUUUUAUAGUCCAAGUCAGAGAUCCAAAGACCUUGCUGGCAAUGCCAGGAGUGAUGGUCGGGGAUAUGGGAAAGAAACUGGGUCAGAACGGACUGGAUAACGGUUUUGCCGUAUUCCACAAUGUGAGGAUACCUCGGGAAAACUUGCUAAACAAAACAGGAGAUGUUACGCCUGACGGACGCUACGUUUCACCUUUUAAAGACCCCAAUAAGCGGUUUGGGGCAUCUUUAGGGGCUCUGUCAGGAGGCAGGGUGGGCAUUACAAGGAUGGCACUGGUCAAUCUGAAGCUUUCGGUGACUGUGGCUGUGCGAUUCUCCGCCACACGCAGACAGUUCGGACCCAAAGAGGACGAGGAGAUUCCAGUGCUGGAAUAUCAGCUACAGGUGUAUUAUUGUCGCUCAUUGGCAAUUGCAUAUAUUGAGCACACAGUGCUGCAGCGUUUCCAUGAUCUGAUUCAGGAUGAACAGACUCCAGCUGCUCUCAGAUCAGUGCUGGGGCGUCUCUGUGCUCUCUAUGGCCUGUGGACCCUCACCAACCACAUGGCCAUCCUGUAUCAAGGAGGUUAUUUUUCUAGUCGACAGCCGGUUGACUUCAUCCACACAGCCAUUCUCACUCUGUGUGGGCAGCUGAGGGAUGAUGCUGUGGCGCUGGUUGAUGUGAUUGCUCCUCCUGACUUCAUCCUGAACUCACCCAUUGGCAAAGCAGAUGGUGAGCUCUACAAAAACCUGUGGUCUACAGUCAUGCAGGGUAAGAACGUCCUGGAACGGCCAUCUUGGUGGGCCGAGUUUUGUUCUGACAAACCUGCGGUUGGAUCUCUCCGAGCCAAACUGUAACUCUUCACGCUGGAAAAUUGUUAGGGAAACAGGAUCAUUGCAAACAUUCAUCUGUUUGUCCUGAAAGCCAAUACAUUUUAUAAUGAUAUUAUAAUACAGUCAUAUGGUUGUCAUUAAUAAAUUGAGUUUAUCAAUUGAAAGAUAGUAACCGCUUAUGGAACAGGGAGGUUAGAAAAGUCCAAGAAGAAUCUCAGCCAUGUUGAUCUUAGUGUAAAAUUAUAAACCGAUUCACUAAAACGUACUAAUAUCAGAAUAAAGGAAGAUUUGUGAUGUACUGUAAACAAUAACAAGAGCUCUUAUUAUAGCACUUCCUAAUUCAUUGUGCCAUGAUAAACUCAUUUGUUUGGUUUGACUGAUAAAUGUUGCUAUGUUGAAAGCUUCUAUUGUUUGAAUGCACAAACAACUAAAUCAUAACAAAACCCUCAACAAUCACAGUGUUCAGAUGCUAACUAAUUGUACAAAUAAUGCACAUGUUGAUAACUGCUUUCAUAUAGAUCUACUUGGGAGUGCACAUGUAUGAUUGGUUAUUUUACAUAAUGUUAGUUUGAUUAUGUAAUGUUGAAUGAUUUUGAGCACAAACGCUUGUAUGUAUGAUUAAUACAUGAUAUUUAAUAUGUAAGAAUGUAAUUAUAAUCUUGACUUUUUAUCUAA